CGACUCUGCUAGGAAACGCCUAGCAGUUUCCAUGGUUGCAUCAUACCUACCUAUUAUUCAUCUUCGUCCGUAUCAAUAACGGGGACGUGCUCCGGCGCCGUUGGGGAGUUGUCUCUGCGGGGGAUUGUUUGAGCCAAUCUCGACGCUGUUGGGAUUGAAACCUGGCGCCAAGACCCCGAAGCGUAACCUCUGCCUACCCCACCAACCCUGGUUAGAGACAUGCCAUUUGUGAUUCUGAAAAGUGGUAGGUAGAAGGGUCUUGUGAAUAGGAAAUAUCCGUCGUACAGCCGGAGUAUCUCUCAUCCGAAUCAACCUAGGGACCUACCGAACUUCAUCGCGUCCGUGUCGUUUCUGCUGCGCGAAGCGCUUCACAAUGUCCAACACCAACACACCCUCGGAUCCGCCGCCCUCGUACGAAGAUGCGCAACGCCCUGCACAGACAUCCAGAGGCCCACCCGGUCAGAUACCGCGAUCAGGAGGCAUCCCGCCACCGAUGAAGCCGCCCCUGCCUCUCAACCUACCUGCGCUGGUCGCGCUGCGUGGUAAGCGCGUCGUGUUGGCUUCACAAUCACCACGGCGGAGACAACUGCUGGCGCAGAUUGGCCUCACAAACCUCGACAUCGUCCCUAGCAACUUCGCCGAAGACCUCCCGCACACGCUCUCCCCCCUCGAAUACGUCCUGCAAACCGCCUCGGCCAAAGCCCUCGACGUCUACCGGCGCGAAAUCGACAACUCGGCACGAGGCGAACCGGCCCUGAUCAUCGCCGCAGAUACCAUCAUCGUUACCCACGGCGGGCGCAUACUGGAGAAACCGCGGAAUGAGAAGCACCACUUGGAGAUGUUGCGGAUGCUGCGGGAUGAAGGGAGCCAUAAGGUGACGACUGCCGUGGCGGUCAUGGCGCCGUUGGAGAGCGCCGUGGAUCCUGGGUAUCGGAUGGAGACGGUGGUCGAGGAGACGGUGGUGCGGUUCGAUGCCAGUGUGACGGAUGAGCUUAUCCACGCCUAUGUGCGGACGAGGGAUGGGGCGGAUAAGGCCGGGGGGUACGGGAUCCAGACGGCUGGCAGUAUACUUAUUGAGAGGAUCGAGGGGACGUAUGAUAACGUAGUGGGGUUGCCUUUGAGGGCGACGUUGAAGUUGAUUGAGAAGGUGAUGAGGCCUGAGGAUGACGACGAAGACGAAGAAGGGGAAGAGGGUUAUGCUGAGAGUGGGGACGAGGAUUUUAUCUGAGGGGAUUGAAUCGAUGGUGUCUAUGAACGAAGAUCUGAUUUUGCCUGGUAUGACUGCCGCAGGAACCAGUGGAAAAGAGGAGGAGGAGAAGGAAAAUAUGGGUCUUCCUGCUGCAUGAGAAAUUCAUGCCGGAUCCAGCUUGCAGGCUAGGGAUCGCCGACGGCUCGAGACGAUUUGUAAGGCGUGGCUGCAGUGUUGGGACCUGUUGCGGGUACACAUGCAGGGCCUGAAGUGAACGAAGGCCGUCGUUGGGCGGUGCUGAACCUUGUGGUGGGACGCUCGCUCCCAUCAUGUCCGUCGACAUUUGGGAUUGAAUACCAAAUCCAUACGGUUGGGCCUGCGACGACUAUGAAGUGGUGAGAUGAACCGAAUCCAUGAUGCCAGGAUAGGGUAGCGUUGCAGGUAUGCAGCCGCAGAUAGGCAGUAGCUAGCAAUAAUGUUGAACUGCCUACCUGCCUGACG